UGGUUGCCGGUUCUUCGUCCGAAUGCACACCUGCGUCAUGAGAGCAACCGUUUGAGCUAGGUUACCUGUGCCGCGAAACCCCCGCCCCUCGAAUCCCGAAGUGUAAAAGCGGCGUCAUUUGGCGCCGGCUGGAGGCUUCCCCGGGCAAACAAUGCAGGUUCGUUAGAAACGGCACGCCGCCGCCCCUUUCCUCCCUCGACUUGCCGUAGUAGGCCAAAAUUUGUUAAGACGAAGACAAAAUGGCGUCGCUCCAGAUUGGUCCCAUUUCCUCUACGGUCGGGGUAACUCGCUCGACAAUUGCCCGGCGCUCGGCCUGCCGCAGCUGCCACCAGAUUUCCAACUUCUCCUCCAGCUUCACCGGCUUCCACUCCAGGACUGCUGCGUCUCGAGGACGACCGCAGCCGAGCCAGCGAUCCCCCGGACGUCGACCCUUUUCGCAACAGUCACAUAGGCCAAGGGCCGACUCCAAAGUGCACGACUCCAAGAUCCGCUGGUAUCCCAUCCCCGUCGGUCUCGGCGUUGGGUUCCUGGGGCUGGUGCAGUUCUACAAGGUCUACACCAGAGAGCAGGAAAAACAGGCCGAGGAUGGCGAGCCAGGGCAGCGGCCGAAAAGGAGACCGCGGGUUCGCCCGGAUGGCCCUUGGCAGGUGCAAAUCAUGUCGACUUUGCCCCUAAAGGCCAUUUCGCGGCUAUGGGGCAAGUUCAACGAGUUAACUCUCCCGACCUUCCUUCGAAUCCCCGGCUUCAAGCUGUAUUCGUUCUUUUUCGGCGUCAACCUAGACGAGAUCGAGGAGACCGAUCUCCGCGUGUUCCCGAACCUCGCUGCCUUCUUCUACCGCACGUUGAAGCCCGGCGCACGACCCCUCGAUCCCAAUCCGAACGCACUCCUCUCCCCGUCUGACGGGCGCAUCCUACAGUUUGGGCAAAUCGAGGGCGGCGAUAUCGAGCAGGUCAAGGGUAUGACCUACACCAUCGAUGCCCUCCUCGGCCAAAACAGCCCGACCCCAAGCAUCUCCUCUAGCCAGGCAUCUCUCGACAAAUUCCCGAAGCGAAACGAACACGAGCUGGAAGGAGACGAAGAACUUGUCCAGAGGGAGGAGGAAUUCGCCCGGGUCAAUGGCAUCUCCUACACCCUGCCGGAUCUCCUGUCUGGAAACAAGAAGAAGCGCAAGAGCAGCCUCGACCACCCCAAAGACGAAUCUGUCGCGGCCUCAGCCACCUCCGUUUCCGAGGUCGGCGCGGAGCUCGCGCUGGGCGAGAAGUCCUGGCUUGACUACCUCUCCCCCGAUAGCCGGCACGUGCUCUACUACGCCGUCAUCUACCUCGCGCCCGGUGACUACCACCGCUUCCACUCCCCGACCAAUUGGGUUGUCGAGCGUCGCCGUCACUUCGCCGGCGAGUUGUACAGCGUGUCGCCCUACCUACAACGUACUAUGCCCGGUCUGUUCACGCUCAACGAGCGCGUCGUGCUGCUCGGCCGCUGGCGCUGGGGAUUCUUCAGCUACGUCCCCGUGGGCGCGACCAACGUCGGGUCUAUCAAGAUCAACUUUGACAGGGAGCUCCGCACUAACAGCCUGACUACCGAUACGGAGGCGGACAGGGCCGCCGAGGAGGCUGCCAACCGUGGCGAGCCGUACCUAGGCUAUGCCGAAGCGACCUACGAGGCCGCCAGCUCCGUGCUGAGGGGCCAUGCGCUGAGGCGGGGUGAAGAGAUGGGUGGCUUCCAACUGGGCAGCACCGUUGUCAUGGUGUUUGAGGCGCCGGCCGGGGAGCACGACGAGAACGGGAGGCACACGGGCGGAUGGCAGUGGGCUGUGGAGAAGGGGCAGACGGUCAAAGUUGGACAGGCGCUGGGGCAAAUUGAUGCUCCAUCCCAUCCUAACUAAUUUUAGAAGAAAAGAAAACCAUGUACCAGAAAAUGUAUUUGGGUAAUGCAUGGAAGGUAGCAUAACAUGUAAGCAACCAAUUCGUUGUCACUAGAAUAAUGCUGAGUCCAAGCACAGAAAUUAUAGAACAGAUCCGUAUAUCAAUCAAAGUCUUGACGAGU